AUGGACUACCUCACUGUCAAUGGUAAUAGCGCGACUGACGUACUCAAGAUUGAGCGGCUUUAUUCGCUGUGCAGCAAGGUGGCAGCGCUAGAGGGGGGUGCAAGCCUGAGAAAGGCAUCUGCUAAUCCCCGAGUCGUCAUAAGCUUUACGAAUCAUGGUUUUAUCGACAUGGCCCUGAAUUUUGCUGCUUUUUUAAGACAGUCGGGCGUACACAACUUUAUUGUGUUUGCGCUGGACGAAAAGGCGUUUUUGAAACUACAAGAGAACAGAAUACCCACGCUUUUGUUAUCGCAGCACGAGCCGAUAUAUUCUGAGUCGGCUAGUAAUUUUGGGACAGUAGAGUUUAAUUCCAUAUGCAGACUGAAGCCGUGGAUAGUGGGAGAGUGCCUGAGGGGUGGAUUUGACGUUGUGUGGACUGACGUCGACGUGGUGUGGCUUAGUGACGCGCAAGGUUAUUUUGACAGGUUUCAGUGCGAGGUUGAUAUGUUUUUUCAGAGCGACGACGACGAUGUUUGCGCUGGGUUUUUUUACGCUAAGAGCAACUAUCGCACGGUGUCCUUGAUGUCUCAAGUUUUCAACUAUGCGAACAUAUACGUUGACGACCAGACCGCUUUUCGGAGGUUUCUUCGCGACCCCAAUUGGUCUCUCAGACUGACGCAAGCGGAGGCCGCCGAGCAGGGCCAGAAGACGUCUUCUAGGACGUUUAUGGCUGAGGGGGGGAUGGUUGAGAAUGAGCGUGGAAGAUUGAGUUAUUUUGUUUUGGAUCGCGUUCUGUUUGCCAAUGGAACGCGUUAUUUCAACAUUAAGCACCCACAGAGGUUGGGGGUGACCCCGAUUGUCGUUCACAAUAACUGUUAUAUUGGCCACGAUUCCAAGGUUUCGCGGUUGAAGUUGUAUGGUCUUUGGAUGUUGCCGGAUUCGGAGGAGUACGACUGGCGGGCGCAAGUUUCGCGGCCGAUUUGGUUGCCCUCGACGUCCGUUUUGCGGAGUCACGCGGAGCUCGUCACGGAGAUUGCCGUGCACCCGGGGUGCGGUUGUUUGUACACGUGUUCAUACGAUAAGACUGUGAGGCAGUAUGCCAUGGGGAAAGGCGAGGAGUUUGACCUGUCGGAGGUGAGUGAGAGAGUGCUGAACAGACGCGGCGGCGUUUGGUCGAUGGUUUGGGCACCGGCGCGGCCGCCAGAUCCGGAGGUGGGCUGGAGAUGCGCUACGGCGGGGCACGACGGGAAAAUUAUGAUUUGGGAGGUGGGGGAGGUGCAGGAGAAGGGCAGCCGCGAGCAGCAGCAUUGGAAGCUCGUCAGGGAAUUCAGGGGUCACUACUCGUCGGUGAUCAACGACUUGGCGUUUGAUCGACGCGGGAGCGUGCUUUUUAGCGCCGGCGAUGAUUCAGCGGUCAACUCUUGGGACACAGAGACCGGGGAGAAGGUUUUGAGUUUUUAUGGCAGCGACGAAUGGGUUGCGGCCGUCGAGGUAAAAGAGCCAAUGGUUUUUGGGGCGAGCAGCAGCGGAAUGAUUUAUUGCUGGGAGAUCGCUACUGGCAGAAUCGUGCAGACGUACAAGGGACACAGGCGGUGGGUGAGGGCGAUGUGCGUGGUGGAUGAAGUUUUGGUGAGUGGCGGAAGCGAAGGGCAUAUAAAAAUGUGGUCGAUAGGUUCUGGGAGGUGCUUGAAGACGAUAUUGAACGCCCAUGAAGGCGGAAUCAAUUCGAUAGUCUGCGUUGGCAACAGUUCGUCAAGCGGGAAAAGGGGUUAUCUUUACACGGCCGGGGACGAUGCGGUGAUCCGAGCGUGGGACUUGGAUGGCAUGCGGUGCGUGUGCGAAUACUUUGGACAUUCUGGAAUAAUCACGUGUCUUGCAGAGAGCAGGGGUCACCUUUUUUCUGGAGGAUUUGACAAGAGUGUGCGAGUGUGGCGCGCAUUCUGCGAGGGAGAGGAGGAAGCUUCCGGAACGGAGAAGAGUUCAUGGGGGCCGUCAGGCAAGGGCUGCGCUUAG